AUGGCUUCGUUCCAGCAUGGCAGGGUCAUACACCUCUCCACUCUUACAGUACCAGCCACAAUAAUACCAACGACGACCUACGCCUUCACAUACACAACUGCUAGCUACCCUUCCUCGGGCAUCGAAGCCACAGCAUCGUUCACCACACCUUCCUUUUCCCCCACCCAGGCACCAUUUGCUGCUCGGCAGGAAUGCUGCAACCCUUGGUCUUCAAUAUCUCAAAAUCCCAGAAGUCAAAAUGCAUCGUGCGCGAUCAGCAAUUCAGCAUGCGAAAACCCGCACGCUUUCUGGAACUUGUAUGCAUGCUGCAAUGGUGCCGAGGUGAAAGAAGCCGGAGAAAGUGAACCUGGCGAGUUCAAUGGGUGUCAAGCGACCUGUGACGCCGUGGGACAAUCAUGGCAGGACUUGAUGGGGUGUUUAGAAAGGAGCGUGAAAGUGGUAGUGUGCAAGCCAGAUGACAGUGAGAUUAAGGGUGGCAGAACCCAUCUCUCAAGAGCGUGUCUGAUUGUUGGAAGGCAGGAUCAGAUGGCGUUCUUCAUGCCAAUUGCGUUCCUACAGUGA